GAGGGAGCAGACCGUCAGUGAGAGGGAAAGAGACAGAUCCUUACAUUGUUUCUCCUGCUUCCUCACCCUCAGUCUUUCUAUCACUCUGCUUCCAUCUGCUUCUAAUUCCUCUGUCACUCUGUCUUUCCUGCUACUGAGCAGUCUUUCUUCUUCUGUCCUACAUUCUGACUUGUUACUAUCUCUCUGUCUCUCCUCUUCCUCACCUAUGGAUGGUGAGCUUCUCCCCCUUUCUUCUUUCUUCUUCUCCUCUUCUGUUUCUCACUAUCCUUCUUUGUCUCCCCCUUUUUUACUUUGAUCUUUCCCUUCCUUGCACCUCGCUGUCAUUCAUCCGUUGUCUUUGGGUGCGAGGAUGCCAGUCCUGGAGGGGCUCUGGGGUCCCGAUCUCCGGAUGCGGGACUCCGGUCUCGGGGUCGAUGUGGGGGUCUGUCCGGAUGAGGCUCCCAGCCCGCCAGUCUGGGGGUCUCUAAGGACACCUCCUAUCACCUGUGGGGGCCUCUCGCUGGCCCUGGAGCUGCCGGCUCUCAUACGGCAGCUCAGGUCCGUCUGGAGGGCUCGCAGGGGGGGCCCCCGGGGGCCAGAGAAGAGCCAGACGAGCACUUGGGUGGAAUCAGAGAAAGAGGAGGUAGAGGAGGUGAAACAAGGCGUUGAAGACGGGAGCGCUCAUCUGGAAGCUGAUGGCAGAGUGAACACUGGUCAUGCUGGUGUGUUGCUGGUUGAGAGACGAGGCUCCUACCCGCAGAUUGACCUGAGAAUCCUCAAAACCAGUGCCCAGCAGGGGGGGGUAGAGUCCGGCACCAGGAGGAAGGUGAAGCGUCAGCUGAGCUUUCAGAGGUACUGCCACGCCUCCAGGGUGCUCAGGGGGGCGAUGCCCAACUCCCCGGGGUCCCUGCACCUACUGGACAAAAACUACCUGGGACAAGCCGCACACAUGCUGUCAAAAGUCGGCACAUGGAACUUUGACAUUUUCCUCUUCGAUCGUCUUACAAAUGGCAACAGCCUUGUGACUCUGAUGUGCCAUCUCUUCAAUGUCUACGGUCUCAUUCACCACUUCCAGCUGGACAUGGUCAAACUGCACAGGUUUCUCGGCAUGGUGCAAGAGGACUACCACUCCCAGAAUCCCUAUCACAAUGCUGUCCAUGCAGCUGAUGUCACCCAAGCCAUGUACUGCUACCUGAAGGAGCCAAAGGAACAACAUGACCUUGGUGUGUUGCAGCUGGCGGAGCAGCUGAGUCCUCUGGACGUGUUCCUGGCUCUGAUGGCAGCAGCCGCUCACGACGUGGACCAUCCCGGAGUCAACCAGCCGUUCCUCAUCAAGACCCGACACCACCUGGCCUCCCUCUACCAGAACACGUCUGUGCUGGAGAGUCACCACUGGAGAUCCACCGUGGGCAUGCUGCGAGAGUCCGGACUGCUUUCCCACAUGCCGGCUGACAUCUCGCAGGACAUCGAGCAGCAGCUGGGCUCUCUCAUCCUCGCCACAGACAUCAGCCGGCAGAACGAGUUCCUGUCCACCUUCAGAGAACAUCUGGACAACCAGGACCUGGACCUUCAGCUGGCUUCACACAGACACUUUAUCCUGCAGAUCGCUCUGAAGUGCGCUGACGUCUGUAAUCCGUGUCGGGUUUGGGAGCUGAGCAGACAGUGGAGCGAGAGGGUGUGUGAGGAAUUCUACAGGCAGGGAGACCUGGAGAGGAAGUUUGACAUGGAGAUCAGUCCUCUGUGUAACCAGCAGGCUGACUCUGUGCCAGCCGUUCAGAUAGGGUUCAUCUCCUACAUCGUGGAGCCUCUGUUUGACGAGUGGCACCGCUUCACUGAGCCCAGCUCUCUCAGCCACACCAUGACGGGUCACGUGCACAAGAACAAGGCACGCUGGAGCCGCCUGCGAUACGCAAACACUGCUUCAGACUCACAAGCAGAAGAGCCUGAAGGGGGAGGAAGAGGAGGAGGAGAGGUGGAAGGCAUCUCUUAAUUUUCCUCCUAUCUAUUGAGGUGUUUGAUCUUCCUUCGUAAACGGAGGAGAGGAGUGUGUAUCAACUUCCUUGUUUGUCCUUCAGCAGUCUUUCUCCCACAGCCUGUUGCUCAUAGGCUGCAGGGAGGGGGGGUCUGGCUUCCAUUCAUACGGAAUGGCUCCCUCUGCUGGAGGAGAGUGCUGUAGCACUGAGAGGUGAAAAAUAAGGCGCAGAAAGAUUGAACUUUCAGAUGGAUGGAUACCCUGAGCAAAUAUUUACCAAUUUGAAAAAGACAUGCCUCGUUCUUAUCCCCUGUGAAUUGGAGCGUUUAUUUUUUAUGGCAGAACACGGUAUAAAUGAAUUUGCACAAUGCUGCUUGAACAACGAAGACAUUAAAAAGCCAAACGUUUGUACGAGUCAGCUGGACUGUGCUGGAAAAGGUGAAGAAAUGAAUGUUAGAAGAAAAAGAAGAACAUUUCUGCCUUGCUUUUUAAACAACACAAACUCUAUUAAACUCUUUUCACUUUUUUCUCUUUUUGUACAGCUUGCACUUCUAUUAGAUGCUCUUUCAUACAAGUGCGUCACUUCUACUUUUCACUGAAGUGCGUUUUUAAAGUUAGUAUGUCAAGGUACUAUAAACUUUACAACAUUUCUCUAUUAACCGUGUAACUUACUGACUCAUACAACUACUGACUGACACAAAGUGGCUUGAACGCUGAUGUCAAGUGUCAGCUGGAUGUUUCUGAACUCGCCAAUGAUGAAAA